AAAUAAAGAGCCAGGCGCAGUAGUCAGCAGGCUCAGUGCCCCAUUACUCUCUUAACAGCUCCGUUCUGAUUAUUUCAAUUUUCAAACAUCUUCAGCUGCUUUCAAAAUGGCUUUACGCUCCCUUCUUUUGGUGGCAAUCUUUCUUUUCUGCAUAGCCCAGGUUUCAUCUGAUAUGGAGAUUGAAGAGCAAAGCACCCAACUGGUGAAAGGACCUAACAGAAGGCUCUUGCCAUUCUUGGCAGAUUGUGCAGGGUUGUGCCAGGUGAGAUGCAGCCUGCACUCGAGGCCUAAUGUGUGCACAAGGGCAUGUGGCACCUGCUGCUUUAGGUGCAAGUGCGUGCCUCCAGGCACCUCUGGAAGCAGAGAACUCUGUGGGAAAUGUUACACUGACAUGACUACCCAUGCCAACAGGACCAAGUGCCCUUAGAAUGCUAUUUUGCUAAUUAGGAACUUCUCUAUUCAUGUUAUCAAAUAAAGAUCAGUUGGGCUUUAUAUGUGGGUGUCUGUUCUGGAAUGUUACUUAAUGAAAUUAAUGGAGCUUAUGUGUAAAUUACUGUUCUUUAUAUAUAUUGUCCUCGCUGGUUUUGAACUGAA